CGUCCUCUGUUUCUCGAUGGUUUUUGUCUCCUCGCCCUCCCAUUCCUUUCCCAGCCUCCCCACAAUCUCUCACAGGUAGUGAAUCUGCUGAUGUGCCUCUCUCAUGUGCCUCCUACUUUCCCCCCAGGGAACGAAGUGGAUCAGAGAGAUAUGAGCACAGCCCUGACUCUGGUCAAAGACCUGAUCUCUGCCAUUGACCAGGAAGUGCACAAUUACGAGAAGAAUGCGCGGCUGCAGGAAAUCUAUGGCAAGGUGGAUGGGCGGACCAAGGCCCACCUGCCCUGGGAGCGGGGCUCCUUCAGCAAGGACGAGAUGCUGCGGCGCAAGCUCGUCCAUGAUGGCUCCAUGCUCUGGAAGACAGCCACGGGGCGCUUCAAAGAUGUCCUGGUGGUUCUGAUGACAGACGUUCUCAUCUUCCUGCAAGAGAAGGACCAAAAGUAUAUUUUCCCCACCCUGGACAAGCCAGCAGUUAUCUGCAUCCAGAACCUGAUUGUCCGCGACAUUGCCAACCAGGAGAAGGGCAUGUUCCUGAUCAGCAGCACUUCGCCCGAGAUGUACGAGGUCCACGCCGCAUCUCGUGAUGACCGCAACACCUGGAUGAAGCUCAUCCAGCAGACCGUCAAGCUGUGAGUGGGGGGCUCUUGCUUGGGGCAGGCCGGGAGCAGCCUUCCUUCCAUCCAGUCUGGUGGUGGGACAGGCACCCCCACGUCGGGUGUGCCUCUCCUAGGGCAAGGAGUUGAAGCCACCCCAGUACCGGAUGGGACUCCCUGCGUGACAAGUCUGGGACUCAGCCACAACAUGCCGUAUUUGAUUUUGGCUGAGGGUAUUGUGUGAACCCCGCCAGUUGCGGUUUACAGAGCAUGCUUUGCACAUAGCACUCUACUGAAUUCAGUCACGGCAAUGUCCAGUCUACGCGGAGAAUAACUCUACACUUGCCGAAAUGGCUAAAUUACUUGUUUGAUUAGAGAAAAGACAAUAUCUACAUUUACUGGUGAUUGUAAAAAUCCCUUAUGGAUUUUUGCAUAAAAAAGAAAAAAUGAACUUGUGAUCUAUGGUU